GAAUACUCUUGUGCAUAUCCAACGGUGAACUACGAAAUUAGUUCGAGGACUGAAAUUCAAACCUUAGGAAAAGCGCCUAAAACCAUUGAACCCGUAUCCAUCACAAUAUAGGCAUCUCACUAAUGACCUUUCAAUGACAUGGGGAAAAUUUGACUGAUUGCUCAAGGCGGCUGGUCCAAUAUAAUAUAAAUUAAUAUGAUCAUUGUAAUUAUGGGACCAUGUGGUUGCGGAAAAUCAACAGUAGGGGAUUCGUUGGCGAUUCGAACUAACUGGCCAUUUAUAGAAGGUGAUGACUAUCAUUCUGAUAGUAAUCGAUUUAAAACGUCUAUGGGAAUUCCGCUGAAUGAUGAAGAUCGUUUGCCAUGGCUUCGGUCCCUAAGAAAUGAGUUAAUGCAACACAAGAAUGCCAUAUUAGCAUGCAGUGCUUUGAAAAAGUCGUACCGAAAUAUUUUAUCCAGUAGCAACGAUGCAAAUUAUCAAACAAGAACACUUUUUGUGUUGCUGAGUGCAAAUAAAAGUCUGCUACAGAAACGGGUCAGUGAGCGCAAGGGACAUUUUGCACACCCUUCACUUAUAGAAAGUCAGUUAGAAACAUUGGAAUCAUUUGGAGAAGAUGAAGAAUAUCUUGUUAUUGAUGCUAUUUGUCCACAGGAGAACAUUUCUUCAAACAGUAAGCUUACUCCAUGUAUACAAAUAAAUCUGGAGACGACCCAAUGAAAGCGUCACAAUUCUGGGAAUUUUCACAUUCAGGACAGCUCAGAUUUCGAAAUUUCCAAUGAGAAGCAUACGCUCACUUAUAAAUAGUACUUUAGAGUAAGUAAAAGCUACAUAGUAGCAUUUGCUAAGAAAUUCUUCAGUCCAAUAACUGUCAUUUACAUAAAAGUAUUUCUAAAUGAAACCGAUAAUUUAUAUGACAUGAUGCUUGUCAAAAAUAAAAUGAAGUGUUGAUUUGAUUUGUUUACAUUAAA